UACCGCCACUAUCACGGGAACCCAGUGCUGUUGGAGCUGCGACGAAUUUGGCAGCAGAGGUAUCAACAUAUGUUCAUCUGUGAUAUGAAGAAGAUGCAAGCGGAUGGGCCAUUUCCCCACUACCCAGCAGACUUCACGGAGCGGCUGCAGAAGCUGUGUGCGGCGACGCGCGCCGAGCUGGUCGACAACUGGCUCAUUGACGUCGCCGACAUCAUGGUCAAAAUGCGGCAACACUGGGCCAUAUAUGUCGCUAAAGACAAGAAAGCUUCUACAUUCCAAGUCGAAAUGUUUUUUGGAUGUAUCCAUAGUUUAAUGUCGAGACAAAUUCGUGAUUUGGUGGAGCGGAGCGUGAAACAUUUUGCCGAAUAUUUUGUGUACUAUUGGGAAGGUAACAACUUUGGGGAGGAAUACAAAGAUUAUACGUUCAUCAAGAACUCGCUGCUGCGUAUCAAGGUGACUGCGCAGCCGGGCAGCACGCAACUCUCCUUCGAGCCGAGCCUCGAGCAGAUGCGGGUGCUCAUCGUCAAGUGGUUCCACACCAUCAUCAAUGUCAACAGCAACCUGCCUAGUGUUGACUCUAUUAUGUAUCCUGAUGUGACACGUCCAAGACCGAAUCUAUACAGCGUGUUCCCCGACGAGCGGUACAUGGUGGAUAUCAUCAACCAGACCGUGAAAUAUUUCAAGAUCAACCGGCCCGGGCCUUUGAACUUCGUCAAGCGCUACUCCGAAUAUUUCCAUCUGCUAGACGGCACUGCUCAUCAAGACCUCAUGUUGUUUUUUGGUCAAGAACCACCGCCGUUUUUGAAGGACUUCUCUGCACGAAUCUACAUGUAUGAGGAACUGCGCGACGAGAUCCUGUUCCUGCGGCGCGAUAUCCCACUCAACAUGGUGCUGCUGGACUGCGCGCCAGUCAACGACACGCUCUGGGCCAUCGUCGACGGCCUUCGCACGCAUAUCGUCGAUCACUUCAUCAUGCAGAACAGGAAGUGGAAUAGAGCCAUUUGUGAUGUGUACGAGGGCAUGGCGGCACGCGCGUCCGAGAGUCCGGAGACGACGGCGCAGCUGGUCGCGCUGCUAGGCUAUGUACUCGACUGCCGCGACUGCGCGCUCUUCGAUCUGCGCGAGAAGUCGCGCACCUCCGCGGAGUACGUACUCUUCCUCAUGCAGCACGCCCACCUUUCCUUCGAAGAUAUAAAUCUUAACACGCGCGUUUUCCUAUGGCCGCUGGACAUGGAGGAGACCAUCGACUUGACUUUAAAGACGUUGAACACCAAGAAGAACAUGGCGGAAGACAAAUUGAAGAGCAAGAAGGCUAUCUUCGAAGAGAAGCUGAAGAGGCACGAGAAGGAACUGGAACUGUUCAGACGUUUCGAUCCGCCGCUCCUCAAUCUGGAUCUUUUAAGAGAAGUCGUAGGAAGAGUGGACGAGAUCUUCUCCAAUUUGAUGGAAGACAAGCACGAGGCGGACGACAUUAUCGCGGAGGAGCAGCUGCUAGACCAGGAGGUGUCCGCGUACUACAGCCUGCAGACUAUGCUGGCUGGAAUCGAGCCCUUCCACAAACUCUGGCACACCUCCUUUGACUUCUAUGAUGGCUACGAGAAAUGGUACCACGGUCCGUUCCACGGGCUGGACGCGGAGCAGAUAGCAACAGAUGUGGAAGCGUGGUGGAAGCUGCUGUACAAGCUGGGCCGGCAGCUAUUCGAGUUCCCUGGCGCCAAGCGCAUCGCAGACAUGGUGCGCAACAAACUAGAGAAGUUCAAGGUGCUGCUACCUGUGCUCUGCGCUAUCUGCAACAGAGGUAUGCGCGAUCGACACUGGGCACACAUCAGCUCGCUGGUGGGCGCGGAGGUGGUGCACGAGCCAGGUACUACGUUGGCCGACAUGGUGGAGCAAGGCGUGCACGUGUUCGCCUCGCAGCUCGAGGAGAUCGAGCAGGUCGCUGCCAAGGAGUACUCGCUCGAGCAGGCCCUCGCCAAGAUGAAGGACGAGUGGGUCGGCGUUAAGUUCGAAGUCGUGCCGUACAGAGACACAGGCGUGGGCGUCCUGACAGGGCUGGAUGAUAUCCAGCAGCUUCUCGACGACCAUAUCCUGAAGUCGCAAACUAUGCGCGGCUCACCCUACGUCAAGGCUUUCGAGACAGAUAUGGUGGCUUGGGAGGAGAAGCUCAUCAGCAUGCAGGAUAUACUAGACCAGUGGUUGCAGUGUCAAGCAACUUGGAUGUAUUUGGAGCCGAUCUUCUCGUCGGAAGACAUAAUGCGUCAGAUGCCGACGGAAGCGCGCAACUUCCGCGAUGUGGACAAGGAGUGGCGUGUGGUGAUGAUCGCCACGCACAAGGAGCCGCUGGUGCUACAGGCCACAGACUUCCCCGGCCUGCUGAAAAAGAUGCGGCACAACAAUGCGCUGCUGGAUGACAUACAGAGAGGUCUCAACGAUUACUUGGAGAAGAAGAGAUUGUUCUUCCCGAGAUUCUUCUUCUUAUCCAACGAUGAGCUGUUGGAGAUCCUGUCGGAGACGAAGGACCCAAUGCGCGUGCAGCCGCAUCUCAAGAAGUGCUUCGAGGGCAUCUACACGCUGGACUUUAACGCCGCCGACGAGAUUGUAGGCAUGGCAUCCGCUGAAGGAGAGGUCGUCAAGCUAUCGUCCAGCAUACAGCCGGCUGAUGCUAAGGGCAUGGUGGAGCGCUGGCUGCAGCAACUUGAACAGCAGAUGAUCAUCAGUCUGCGGGACGUGGCCGCGGAGGCCACCACGGCGUACAGCACCUGCCCGCGAGAGGAAUGGGUGCUCAGCUGGCCUGGCCAGAUUGUGCAGGCUGGAUCCUGCGUGCAGUACACAUCAGAGGCUAUAGAAGCGAUCCAGACGGCCAGCCUGCCUGAUCUAAUUCGACGCUGCACGAACCAGAUCAACGGGCUGGUGUACCUUGUGCAAGGUGAUCUUGACCCUGGAAACCGCAUUACCGUCGAGGCCCUAAUUGUUAUCGACGUACACGGGAGAUCUAUCCUCGAGGAGAUGGUGCAGAAAAAGGUGGCCGACAUAACGGACUUCAACUGGAUCUCGCAGCUGCGCUACACGUGGCGUGGCGAGCGGCUGCUCUGCUCCAUGAUAACCACCGACGUCGAGUACGGCUUUGAGUACCUCGGGAACACGGGACGCCUCGUCGCCACGCCGCUCACUGACAGAUGCUACAGAACUCUAAUGAGCGCUCUCAAGCUGAACCUGGGCGGUGCGCCCGAGGGCCCGGCCGGCACAGGCAAGACGGAGACCACCAAGGACUUGGCCAAGGCUGUGGCCAAGAAGUGUGUCGUUUUCAACUGUUCAGACGGACUCGAUUAUAAGGCACUGGGCAAAUUCUUUAAGGGUCUAGCACAGUCUGGCGCGUGGGCAUGCUUCGACGAGUUCAACCGCAUCGAAUUGGAAGUGCUCUCGGUCGUUGCGCAGCAGAUCCUGUCCAUCCAGCUGGCCAUCUUGCGCCGCGAGAAGCGCUUCGUCUUUGAGGGUACCGAGAUCAGCCUCAACCCGACAUGCUCCGUCUUCAUUACUAUGAACCCUGGUUACGCCGGUCGAACGGAAUUGCCCGACAAUCUAAAGGUGCUCUUCAGGACAGUGGCCAUGAUGGUGCCCGACUACGCUAUGAUCGGGGAGAUUACCCUCUACUCUAAUGGAUUCGUCAAUGCCGGCCCGCUUGCGCGUAAGAUAGUACAGGCGUACAAGCUGUGCUCGGAACAGCUGUCGUCGCAGAAUCACUACGACUACGGCAUGCGCGCCGUCAAGUCGGUGCUGCUGGCCUCUGGCGCACUCAAGAAGAAUUACCCCGAAAAAGACGAGGCGCAACUGGUGCUGCGAGCCAUCAUCGACGUCAACAUGCCUAAGUUCCUGUCCCAGGACGUACCUUUGUUUACGGGCAUCUACUCGGACUUGUUCCCUGGCGUGGAGAUCCCGCAGCCGGAUCGUGUCGAGCUAACUCAGUGUAUAUUAAAGGAGUUAGAACGCCGCAACUUGCAGGCCACGGACUGGUACCUAGAGAAAAUCAUACAGAUCUACGAGAUGAUGCUGGUCCGUCACGGGUUCAUGACUGUGGGUCCACCAAUGGGAGGUAAAACGCAGGCGUAUCAAUCACUGGCAGACGCCUUACGAGCGCUGCAGCUACUCAAGCCGCCACCGAGGCACAAGGAAUUCGGUGCCAUCUAUCGCAUCCUCAAUCCCAAGGCAAUCACCAUGGGACAGUUGUACGGGUGCUUCGAUCCCGCCUCCCAUGAAUGGUCGGAUGGCGUGCUAGCUAUCGCAUUCCGGGAGUACGCGAUGUCGGCAACGCGCGACCGCAAGUGGAUCCUGUUCGAUGGACCCGUGGACGCAGUAUGGAUUGAGAAUAUGAACACUGUGCUUGAUGACAACAAGAAGCUCUGUCUUAUGAGCGGAGAGAUCAUACAGAUGACGAACAAGAUGAACUUAAUUUUCGAGGCAGCGGACCUGGAGUUCGCUUCCCCCGCCACAGUGUCGCGUUGCGGCAUGAUAUACAUGGAGCCUGAACAGCUCGGAUGGCGCGCGUUCUUGGCAUCAUACAACACGCACCUUAGCAAAAAGCUGAUCCCGGAGCAGUAUGAGCUGAUCCAGGAGCUAAUCGACUGGCUCGUACCACCCAUGUUCGAGUUCCUUAAUCAGCGCUGUCACCAGUUCGUCAAAGUUGGAGAUAUUCAUCAGUUUUACUCGUUCACGAGGCUGUUCACGUGCUUGCUGGAGGGAGAGACUCAGUUUAGCACAAUGUGGCUGCAGUGCACCUUCGUCUUCUCGCUUCUGUGGGGACUCAGCUCUACUAUCGAUGGUGACAGUCGGAAACGUUUCGACGCAUUCUUUCGAAAGUUACUGGAGGGGAACAAUGCAACGUAUCCGAAACCCAAGUCAUUCAAGUUGACUAAGAACCAGCUAUUCCAAGACAAGGACACGGUGUUCGACUACGUGUACGACAAGCGCAAUAACGGCACCUGGAUACCCUGGGUCGACCUGGAGAAGGAGGUCGCCAUACCGGCCACAGCUAAGGUCAAUGAAAUUAUAAUCCUAACAAAUGAGAACGCGUACCUGCGGUACUUCGUGUCUAAGAUGGUGAAGUCCCAGAUCCCAAUUUUGCUGGUGGGUCCCACCGGCACGGGCAAGUCCUCGCUCGUCAUCGAUUUCCUCCUUUCUCUGCCGAGGCACAAGUACAUCACCAACACCAUUAACUUUUCAGCCAGGACCACUGCUAACCAGACUCAAGACAUCAUAAUGUCAAAAGUGGAUAGACGGCGUAAAGGUGUAUUCGGCCCAUCAAUGGGUAAAAAGUGCGUUCUGUUCGUGGAUGACCUAAGCAUGCCACAGAAGGAACAGUACGGCGCGCAACCGCCAUUAGAGCUGCUGCGCCAGUGGAUCGACCAUGGCCACUGGUACGACCUCAAGGAGAAGGCGCGCCAAGAGGUCGUCGAUGUGCUAUUCGUAUCGGCGAUGCUGCCUCCGGGCGGUGGGUCCAACCUGAUCUCGUCACGUUUGACGCGCCACAUGUUGCUCGUCACCUUGGACUCCUUCGAGGACAAUACACUAAACAAGAUCUUCUGUACCAUCAUGGACUGGCACUUCGGCAAAGGGUUCACUGAAACGUUACAAAGGCAGAGUAAGGCGGUGGUGGCGGCGACGAUGGAGGUGUACAAGGCGGUGACGCUGCAGUUCCUGCCGACGCCCAGCAAGUGUCACUACCUGUUCAACCUGCGAGAUUUCGCGCGCGUCAUCCGUGGCGUGCUGCUUGUGCCCUCCUCACACCUCAAGGAGCUGCCCAAACUCGUGCUGCUCUGGAUACACGAGACCUACCGCGUCUUCUACGACCGCCUCACUGACGACACGGACAGGUCACGGCUGUUCGAGAUAGUGUACAAAGCGGUGUAUGCGAAUUACCGCGUGCACAUGGACCAGGUGCUGACGGAGCUGGGCUAUGUGCCCGAAGGCGAGAAGCUCGCAGACAGACACGUCAACAACGUCUUCUUCGGCAACUACAUGGAGCCUGACGCCGAUCCAAAGAUCUACGAUCAGGUAUUAGAUCUGGAAGACAUGGCGGUAAAGAUGGAGUAUUACUUGGAUGAGUACAACGUGGUAUCAUCGUCGCCCAUGGCGCUGGUGAUGUUUCGCUACGCGCUAGAGCACAUCUCUAGGUGUACGAGAGUGUUGCUGCAGGACAACGGCAAUCUGCUGUUGGUGGGUGUGGGCGGCAGUGGCCGCAGCAGUGCGGUCAAACUGGCCGCCAGUAUUUUAGAAAUGAACGUGGUUCAGAUCGAGAUCUCGCGCGUGUACGGGCAGUCGGAGUGGCGCGACGACAUCCGCAAGUUGCUGAUGAAGGCCGGCAUCCUCGGAAAGCCCAUAGCCUUCCUCUUUGCUGACAACCAGAUCAUAUACGAGGGCAUGGUGGAAGAUAUCAACAUGCUGCUGAACACAGGCGACAUCCCUAACCUCUACGGUAUGGACGAGAAGGUCGAGAUUCUCGACAAAAUGCAGGCCGCCGUCAGGGAGUCUGGCAAGAAAAUAGAAACGACUCCACUGGCCAUGUUCGGUUUCUAUGUGGAGCGAGUGAAGGCUAACCUGCGAAUAGUGCUGGCGAUGUCCCCCAUAGGCGACUCUUUCAGGAACCGCCUCAGGAUGUUUCCUUCGCUCAUCAACUGUUGUACUAUUGACUGGUUCACAGCGUGGCCCGCGGAGGCGUUGGAACGCGUGGCGUCGAUGUUUAUCAGCAAGAUGGAUGACGUGAGCGAGGAGCUGCGCGUCACCUGCGUUGAUAUGUGUCAGCUCUUCCACAUGAGCGUCGUCAAACUUAGCGACAGGUUCUACACAGAGCAACGAAGGAAGGUGUACGUGACGCCGACAAGCUAUUUGGAGCUGAUUAAAGCGUUCCAGAGCUUGUACACAUUAAAGGUGGACCAGAUAACCAUGUCUAGAAACAGAUACGAGACGGGUCUGGAGCAGCUAGAGUUUGCGGCGGGACAGGUAGCGGUGAUGCAGCAGCAGCUAAUCGAUCUGCAACCGCAGCUCGUCGACACCUCGGACCGCACAGAGAAGCUCAUGAUCAAGAUCGAGCAGGAUACAGUGCUCGUCGAGAAGCAGAAAGAGAUAGUGGGGGCGGACGAGGCUUUGGCCAACGAAGCGGCGGCGGCGGCGCAGGCUAUUAAGGACGACUGCGAGUCGGACCUGGCUGAGGCCGUGCCCGCGCUCGAAGCCGCGCUCUCCGCGCUCAACACGCUCAAGCCCGCCGACAUCACGCUAGUCAAGGCUAUGAAGAACCCGCCCGCGGGUGUCAAGCUCGUCAUGGAGGCGGUCUGCGUCAUGAAGGGGAUCAAGGGUGAUAGAAAGAUGGACCCCAACGGUAAACCAUACGAAGAUUAUUGGGGACCUUCGCAAAAGAUGCUCGGUGAUAUGAAAUUUUUGGAAAGCUUGAAAAAUUACGACAAAGAUAACAUACCAACAGCCAUUAUGAAGAAGAUCCGUGACAAGUAUAUUCCGGAUCGCGAGUUCGAUCCGGUGGUGAUUGCCAAGGUAUCGUCGGCCUGCGAGGGUCUAUGUCGCUGGGUACGCGCCAUGGACGUCUAUGACAGGGUCAUCAAGGUGGUAGCGCCGAAGAAGGCAGCCCUGGCGGAGGCUGAGGCCGAGCUACAGGUGCAGAUGAACACGCUCAACAUGAAGCGCGCCCAACUGCAAGCCGUGCUCGACAAACUUCAGGCAUUGAAUGACGAGUUUGCAGAGAUGACCCGCAAGAAGAAAGGUCUAGAGGAUGAGAUAGACCUGUGCUCCACGAAGCUGUCGCGCGCCGAGCAGCUGAUUGGCGGACUGGGCGGUGAGAAAGCGCGCUGGACCCUGCUCGCGCAACAGCUGCAGGAGUUGUUGGGCAACAUUAUUGGUGACGUUCUUCUCUCGGCGGGUUUUAUCGCUUAUCUGGGUCCAUAUACUGUGAAUUACAGACGAGAAGUUAUACAUGUCUGGAAUAACAGGGCUAAAGCGCUUGAAAUCCCGUGUUCGGAUACAUUCUCUUUGAUCACAACGUUGGGCGAGCCGGUGGUGAUACGUGCGUGGAACAUCGCGGGCCUGCCUGUGGACGCCUUCUCCAUUGAGAAUGGUAUCAUCGUGGAGAAGUCGCGCCGUUGGGCGCUUAUGAUCGAUCCUCAAGAACAAGCGAACAAAUGGGUGAAGAACAUGGAGCGUGAGAACCACCUGAAGGUGAUAAAGCUGACAGACUCUAACUACACCCGCGUGUUGGAGAAUGCCAUCCAGCUGGGAAUGCCCGUGCUGCUGGAGAACAUUCGCGAGCAGCUGGACGCAGUGCUCGAGCCUGUGUUGCUCCGGAACAUUUACAGGUCGGGUGGCGUUGACUGUUUGAAGUUUGCAGACAACGUCUUGGAGUACAACUAUGAUUUUCGCUUUUACAUCACAACAAGGCUCAGCAAUCCCCAUUAUUUACCAGAGAUUGCUGUUAAAGUGACAGUGUUGAACUUCAUGAUAACACCGCAAGGGCUAGAGGACCAGCUACUCGGCAUAGUGGUAGCGCAGGAUCGACCCGAGCUUGAGCUGAAGAAGAACCAGCUCAUAGUGGAGGGCGCCAACAACAAGAGGACUCUUAAAGAAAUAGAAGAUCAAAUACUUGAGGUGCUGUCAUCGGCCGGUAACAUUCUAGAAGAUGAAUCAGCGAAUCAGAUCCUGUCUUCGUCUAAGGUCUUGUCGAUAGAGAUCGAGGCGAAACAGGCGGCGGCUGCUGUGACGGAAAAGGAGAUAGACGAGGCACGUCUACUGUACGUGCCCGUCUCCAAGCACAGCUCUGUCCUCUUCUUCUGCAUCUCAGACCUUGCUAACAUUGAUCCCAUGUACCAGUACUCGCUUAAUUGGUUCAUAAACUUAUACAACCAGGCGAUUAUAAAUUCGCCGAAGAGCGACGACCUGACGGAGCGGCUCGAAGGCCUGAACAACUACUUCACGCGCAGCAUAUAUGAGAACGUCUGCCGCAGUCUCUUCGAAAAGGACAAGCUCAUCUUCUCUCUCGUUCUCACCCUCGGCCUGCUCAGACCUAAGGGUUUGAUAGACGAUGAAUUGGUCGCAUUCCUACUGACGGGCGGCGUGGCGCUGGAGAAUCCCUACGAGAACCCGGCGCCUGGCUGGCUGUCAGAAAAGGCCUGGUCAGAAAUCGUACGCAGCAGUAAUCUCAGCGGGUUAGAAGGAUUUAGAGAUAACUUUAAAGCGAAUGUGAAGGCGUGGAAGGAUUUCUAUGAUCUGUCGACUCCGCAAGACAACGAACUACCGCCGCCGUAUCACAAUAUCAAAGGCAUCCCGAAGCUCAUCAUCUUCAGAUGUAUCCGACCGGACAAGCUGAUCCCGUUGGUGCAGCAGUACGUGGCGGACUCGCUGGGCCGCAACUACAUCGAGCCGCCACCCUUCGAUCUUCAGCGCUCCUACGAUGACAGUAACUGCUGCUCUCCGCUCAUCUUCAUCCUGUCCCCCGGAUCCGACCCCAUGUCCGGCCUCGUCAAGUUCUCCAUGGAGAAAAAGGUCAUCAGCUUCGAGACCAUUUCACUGGGCCAGGGUCAGGGUCCGAUAGCAGCGAACAUGAUCAGCCAGGCCAUCUUGACCGGCGGCUGGGUGGUGCUGCAGAAUUGCCACGUGAUGGAGUCCUGGAUGGGCGAGUUGGAGCGCAUCUGUGCGGAGGUGAUCACACCACAGGUCACGCAUCCGGAGUUCAGGUGCUGGCUCACCUCGUACCCCAGCAAGGCGUUCCCCGUCACCGUCCUGCAAAACGGUGUCAAGAUGACGAAUGAAGCACCGAAAGGUUUGAAGAACAACAUGUACCGGUCGUACACCUCGGACCCGAUCAGCGACCCGGAGUUUUACAUCUCUUGCCCGCGCACGGAGGAGUGGCGCCGGCUGCUGUUCGCGCUCUGCUUCUUCCACGCGCUGGUGCAGGAGCGCCGCGCCUUCGGCCCGCUCGGCUGGAAUAUACCCUACGAGUUCAACGAGAGUGACCUCAGGAUUUGCGUCAUGCAGCUGCAGAUGUUCCUGUCGGAGUACGCUGAGACGCCGUUCGAUGCGCUAAACUACCUGGCGGGCGAGUGCAACUAUGGCGGUCGCGUCACCGACGACAAGGACCGCCGCCUCAUACUCUCGCUGCUCUCCAUCUUCUACAACGAGGAGGUUACCACUGACCCCGACUAUUCGUUCUCUCCGAGCGGCAACUACCGCAUCCCGCCAAAGAUGGACUACAACUCGGUGCUGGAGCAUAUCAAGGCUCUGCCGAUGAUCGCACAGCCCGAAGUGUUCGGUCUGCACGAGAACGCCGACAUAACCAAAGACAACAAGGAGACCGCUGCGCUGCUAUUCGGAUGUCUGCUGACACAAACGUCGAUCAUGGCGGGCGCGGGACAGCAGGGCGGCGAGGGGCUGGGUGCGGCGGAGCUGACGCGCGAAUUACUGUCGCGCCUGCCGUCGCCCUACGACAUCCUAGCUGUCUCCAUUGCCUACCCAGUGCAGUAUUACAACAGCAUGAACACUGUGCUCAAGCAGGAGUUGAUCCGCUACAACCGUCUGCUGGCGGUCGUGGCGCGCACUCUGCACGGCGUGAACCAGGCGGCGCAGGGGCUGGCCAUCAUGAGCGCCGAGCUGGAGCAGUGCGCGGACUCCUUCCUCAAGGGCAUCGUGCCGCCCGCCUGGAUGUCUAAGUCCUACCCGUCUAUGAAGCCGCUUGGAUCUUACAUGACGGAUUUCCUUGCAAGGUUAAAGUUCCUCCAGGAUUGGAUAGACGAGGGUCCACCGUCAGUGUUCUGGAUAUCAGGGUUCUACUUCACGCAAUCAUUCCUGACGGGCGUGCUGCAGAACUACUCGCGACACAACCGCAUACCCAUAGACAAUGUGCAUUUUGAGUUCACCAUCACCAGCAUGGAGGCUGAAUGUGAACAAGAACCUACUUUCGGAGUUUAUUGCAAGGGAUUGUUCUUGGAAGGCGCUAGAUGGAAUCGUGAAACUAUGCAAAUGGAUGAAUCUUAUCCAAAAAUUCUCUUUGAUACCAUACCAAUAAUCUGGUUCCAACCGGCUCUCAUAGAAAAAUUUAACCCACCGCCGAGUUACUUCUGUCCUAUCUACAAAACAAGUGAAAGAAGAGGUGUCCUGGCCACCACGGGACACUCCAGUAACUUUGUCAUGUACAUCACCUUGCGUACAGAUAUACCAGAGAAGCAUUGGAUCAACAGAGGUGUAGCGAGUUUAACACAGCUUGAUGAUUAAAUGUAUGACAUAUUUAUGAUUUUUUCUUAAGUUAAUUUUAAUGAUGUAUUUACAAUAUGAAAUACUGUUAAUGGUUUUCAAAUAAAGCUAUUU